CUUUAGAGAGAGCAGCGAGAGAGUGACGGACAGAGAGACACCGGGAACAUAAGGAAGUGAAGGCCCUGACUGAGAGAAAAAGAUAAACGACAAACGACAACAACACAAUUCAAUGUGCAGUCUAGGGUUUUUCAUUUAGACUGUUUGAGCUAAGUGGACUGAAAGGUGAACUGGAGGCCUGGUCUGUGAGUCCUCAAGGUCUGUUGUGUUCCUGCGACCCCGCCGGCCUGCUAGUUCAAACACGACCCACAUGGAAGAGCAGGACGCACGGGUGGCAAGGAUCCUAGAGCUCAACGACGGAAGGCGCAUGCCCAUAUUGGGCCUGGGCACGUGGAAGCCCCCCCACCUGCCGCGCUCCCCGGCCCAGGCUCAGGCGGCUGUGGAGGCGGGCGUCGCGGCGGGCUACCGCCACAUCGACACGGCCCACAACCACCACAACGAGGUGGACGUCGGCCGGGCCCUGCGCUCCAAGAUCCAGCAGGGCGUCAUCAGGAGAGAGGACAUGUUUAUCACCAGCAAGCUGUGGCUUACCCAUCAUGCCCCAGAGGACAUCCCUGCCUGCCUUGACCAGUCCCUGGGGGCCCUGCAGCUCGACUACGUGGACCUCUACCUGGUGCAUUUCCCCGUAGGCCUGAAGAAAGUAGGUGAUGAGCUUUUUCCAAUGAAAGCUGGGGAGAUGCUAACAACCGACAUUGACUAUCUGGAUGUGUGGAGGGGAAUGGAAGCCCUGCAGGCGUGUGGUAAAGCCAAGAGCAUCGGUGUGUCCAACUUCAACGUUCUCCAGCUGGAGAGACUCCUCGCUCUGGCUCGGGUCCCGCCCGCUGUCAACCAGGUGGAGCUGCACCCGUACCUGGCCCAGAUGGAGUUGGUAGAGUUCUGCAAAGCCAAAAACAUCGUCCUUACUGCCUACAGCCCCUUUGGCUCCCCUGAAAGACCCCCGGAACUUCACAGAGGGGAGAGAGAUCCAGAGAACCUUCUAGAAGACCCGGUCAUUAAAGAAAUUGCCAGGAAGCACAAACAUAGCUCUGCGCAGGUUUUGCUGCGCUACCACGUGCAGCGAGGUAUAUCAGUCAUCCCCAAGAGCGACAGAGCUCAUCACAUCCUCGAGAACACAAAGAUCUUUGACUUUAGUCUGACGGAGGAGGACGUGGACGCGCUGAGGGGGCUGGACCGGGGAUGGAGAGCUUGUGUCCUUGAAGAGCUGAAGUCUCAUCCUUAUUAUCCAUUUGAAUAAGAAUGAAAGGGCAGAGAGAAGAAAGAGUGGAUUUUUCCUUAAAACUGUUCAUUCAGUGUUGAUGAUAAAAUGAUACUGUGAAAUGCACUGGCGAAACGUAAUACACAGAGAUGUGUUGAAAUUGUAAAACAAAUAACUUGAAUAAAAUAAUAAAUAAUAAAAAAUCUUUAUCCUAGAUAAAAUGCAAAGUUUCCUAUUUGUAGCAUCUUCCAUGUUGUAAAAGCGUUAUGUUUUGAAGACAAAUCCCAUGGUAAACAUUAUGAAACAUGAAGAACUAUACUGUGAAAUGCACUGCCAAAACAUAGAAAACAGAUCUGUGUUGAAAUUGUAAAACAAAUAACUUAAAAAAAACACUCUUCCACAGAAAAUAAACGUUAUCCAUGUAGACAAAUCCUUUGGUAAACAUUAGGAAACACCAAGAAACAAUAUUAAAUAAAGUGUCAUUCCAACCGGGUCAUUUUGUAACAGCAGUGUCUUAAAUGCUUUUAUAUAUACAUCGCACAUGAGUGGAGGCUUUCUAGUAAGGGAGAACUCACCUUCACUGAACUGAAAACUAGGUCAGAUUCAACCGUAUUCAACAAGUCAAUCCCACAACACAAAGUGGGACACACACUCACUCAUCAUCGAGCCAGCAGGGGGAAGAACGUCACGGCUCUCCUCAGACGGGCUGGGGGGGCCUACGCCCCCACUGUCUCCCACCGCCCUCUCCUCCCUCCUCCUCAUC